AUGGUCAAUGCUCAUCACGCCCACGAUGAACCUCCUGUCGCCUCCAUAGAAGAUGGUGGACCCCCUACAUCACCUCGUCUACAGGAGAAGCCGCAUUCUUAUAGAUACGAUGUAGUACAAGGCUUCUUCACUCAAAACGGGCCUGAACCAAAGCAUCUGGAUUUUGAACAUAUGCUUGAAAGGAAUUUCGGCUUAGUCGACUCCUCAGCUGAAAGAUGGAAUAACCUCAGAAGGGAUGUGAAGAAAUUACAAGAUGAAGCUGAUGCAGGGACUCUAUAUAAAGUCAUGUUCCUGGGAAGACAUGGUCAAGGAUGGCAUAAUUACGGUGCUAGUAAAUAUGGAGUUGACCCAUGGGAAGAUAAAUGGACAUUUCUCAAUGGAGACGGAGAAAUAACAUGGGGACCAGAUCCUGAAUUAACACCACUGGGAGUCAAUCAAGCUCGAGCCAUUCAAAAAUGCUGGAAAGAACAAAUACCUUUUAAUCCACCUAUAACCGAGAAAGAAAUGAAAUGGUUCGUAUCUCCAUUAACUAGAACAGGCCAAACAAUGUUAGAGUCAUGGGGAGAUUUAUUGGUUGGUACACCGGAAGUAUGGGAAGAUUGGAGAGAGAUUUAUGGUAGUCACACUUGUGAUAAAAGGAGUACGAAAUCAUACAUACAGAAACGAUUCCCAACGUUCAAUAUCGAAGAUGGAUUUGCGGAAGAGGACGAACUUUGGACACCGGACGAUAGAGAGACUGACGCUCAUAUGCAAAUGAGAGCUCAAAGGGCUAUGGAUAGGUUAUUUGGUGAGAACGGAUCGGGAGAGACCUUCAUAUCAGUGACGUCUCAUUCUGCUAUCCUACGAAAUCUACUGGCUGUGCUACAUCAUCAACCUUAUCCUCUAGCGACGGGUGAAAUGAUUCCUGUCGUUGUUAAAGCGACGAAGAUCGAACAAGGCCAACAGGUCUCAUGA